CGUCAUCACGCACGACGUCAACUGACGCUCGCCUCCUCGACAGCACCACGCCGUAGAUUGGCAGUAGAGGUGUCAGCUAAAGCUAAACAGCGACGGCGUUGCGGUUUCUGCGCCUCUUAAGGCCUCUUAAUUGAAGAGGAGACGACUGUCAUUUACAGACAUGGGGGCCCUGAUAUCCCGAUGGAAGACAAAGCCAACCACAGUGGAGCAGCUGGAGAACAUCGACAAGGAGAUUACAGAGCUCGAUGAGUUCAGAGCCAAAAACCAACGUCUGCAAAAGCUGUGGAUCGGCCGGUUGCUCUUCUACUCGUCAGUCCUGUACCUGAUGACCUCGCUGGUUGUGUACUGUCUCUACCUCCCUGAACAAUGGUUGCACAGAGUAGCCAUGGCUCUGCCUUUCUUCGUAUACCCCGUGCUGGUGUGGCUCAUCAGGAAGCUGUUGGUCUUUCUCUUUUCCAAACGCACUGAGAGAAACAAUGAUAAAUUGGAAGAUUUAAAAGUUUCCAAAAAGAGGAUCCUGGAGGAAGUGAUGGAAACGGAGACGUACAAAAACGCCAAACUCAUCCUGGAGCGCUUCGACCCCGACGCUAAGAAGAAAGCCGAGCUGGAGUCGACUCCGGUGCGUCCUCAGAUGACUCCCAGGCCAGGACAAGAGCUUCGGCAGAGGGGGAUGCCAAUGAGGCCCAUGCCGAUGGGCACCCCGGCUGCCAUGGCAAUGACUCCCCCACCUGGAGCACGGCCCCAGUUGGGACCAGGGGGCACACCAGUGGAACCUGUCCCUCUCUCAGCUCCAGGAGGACCGCCGGAGAGAUCUGCCCUGUCUGCCUCCGUCCUCCAGGGGGCGAUACCCAGGACCUCCUACUCUCCGAUACCGGGAGUCGGGAUGCACCCACCAGGUCCUCCAUUAGCCAGACCCAUCCUGCCCAAAGAAAGGGGAGCUGUGGACCGAGUCAUAGAAUACCUGGUCGGGGAUGGACCACAGAACAGAUACGCUUUGGUCUGCCAGCAGUGUUUCUCUCAUAACGGCAUGGCUCUGAAAGAAGAGUUUGAAUAUCUCGCGUUCCGUUGUGCGUACUGCUACUUCCUGAACCCGGCCAGGAAGACGCGCCCUCAGGCUCCCAGGCUCCCUGAGUUCAGCUACGAGAGGAGGCUGCGGGCCGACUCGCCUUCCCCCGGACCAGCGCCGCGUUCUGGGACGGACACGGAGGAGAGCGCGCCCCCCUCUGGAGCCAAGGCCCCGGCUCCCUGGAAUUUGGUCCACAAUUUCCGGAUCCAGCAGAGUCCAAAGGACCCUCAGAACCGACCUCUGCAGAGUCCAGAUGAGAGAGAGGUGGGGGGAGACGAAGGACCCGCGAAAGAAGUAGAGAACGAGGAGCAGCAGGAGGAAGAAGAGCAGCAGCAGCUACAGCAGGAGGAAGAGGAGCAGCAGGAGGAGCUGAAGGAGCUGAAGGAAGAAGUGGUUCAGGAGGAAGAGGAGGAGCUGAAGGAAGAAGUGGUUCAGGAGGAGGUGAAGGAGGAGGAGGAGGAGGAGCAGAGUCCCAGCGCCCCCUCUGAGACGGAGUCUCAGCCUUCGUAGUGGCCGAGGGUCCAGAGGACAGAAGCUGUUGGGUACUGGCCAUUAUAGACGGGCGCCAUUUUAAAGCAAUAUAGGUGGACGAGGACCUUCAGUUUGAUUCUAUUCUACCUAGCAACCAAAAGCUACAUCGGUCUCCACUCGCGUUUCUCUGAAGUCGACUUGUUUGUUUACACGCAGCAGAUUGUGUCGACGCGUCGCGUUCAGGGCGCGUCGAUCACUAGAACUGUCCGACGAUAUUGCCUCAAAAUGAUGCCGACGUAUGAUGUCCGCGAGAGUUGGGAUCGGAUCACCGGGGGGGGGGGGAGGAGGAGGUGCCGGUGCCGCAUCCAUGAUUGUAGUUCUUUUAAAGCCGUGCCUCCGUAGAGCAGUCGGCUGCUUUUUAAUGCUCGAUAUGUGGCGACCGACCAUACUUAUUACUCUUUUCAGUAUUGCGUAAUUUACACUCUAAGGUUCUUUUAAGGUUUGACGCGGGGGCUGCUGUGUGAUUUUUGUGAAUGACGGUUGAUUGAAUCUUAAUCCCGGACCCCCCCAACUCGGCUGCUGAAUAUCACAGGUUACUAAUAUGCAAAUUCAAGAAUGGAACAUGCUAUUUUUAUUGUCGUUGUGAGAAACGCAUGAAAACAAAAAGCCUCUUGAAUCAGGACUUCAAGGUAACGCUACUUUUUUUUUUUUUAAAGUAGUACUUUUGAACUUUGAUGCAUUUCUUAUCCUGAACAUUUUGUCCCAACACUGCCAAGUUUUAGUCCUCUCACUGCACUCAGACCAGCGCUACCUGGGAUGUGAGAUGCUCCCCCCCCCCCCCUCCCCCCCUCCCCCCCUCACUGCACUCAGAUCAGCUGCUGAAUGGAUGAAACUCACCAGGAAGUCUCGACAUUAUUAUUACAGGACUUAUUUUUUUUAUUUUUUUUUUUUAUCGUCACCGGUGAGAAAGUUUCCUGCAGUCAAACCUGUUUGGUCAAAAUGUCCCACUUUAUUAUUAUUAUUAUUAUUAUUAUUCAGUGGCGCAGCAGGAAAUGUGUGUUUUUACAGGAAGUUGCACGUUUCUUUGCAGACUAUUUUAAAUGUGUGGGUUUAAAAAACGCGCCGCUUUAACCUCAUAUGUCAUUUCUUCUUAACCAAGAACAAACUGAACCUUAAACCUUUUUGAAGGUAAUUUAUCUCCAUCGGGAUUAUUACAAAUCUAAAAAAAAUGUUUUGCCAAAUGCACUGUUGUGUUCCCUGAUCGAUGCACUGAAUGUCUGUUUCUAUUUAUUUGGCCGUAUUCCGUUUGAAUCUUUUGAGGCGUUGCUGCACUGUGUGUGUGUGUGUGUGUGUGUGUGUGUUGUAAUAUCCAUGAGCUGACAGUGUAAUCUGACCCAACGCAAGAAUUAUUAAGGCGGUUCAUCGGCCGACACUAUCGCAGUGUUUCUGACAACGAUUUAUUCUUUUGUUAUUAAAUAGUGAAGAAAUCA